GGCCCCAGGCUCCUCCCCUAGCUUCACCACGGCACCUUUUCCACGAACAGCCAGAGGGACCACGUCAUUCCCCUGCUGGGAACACAAGCUGCCUCCCCCUGGUCCUCCAACACAUUCACCUUCAGCCCACACACUUGGGGACCUCAGGGACUUUGCCCAUGCAGUUCCCACACGCCUGGAGCCAGCCUUCCCGGAGGUGCUUCUCCUUUCCUGGGCAGGGCUCCUGCCCCAUGCCACCUUGCCGGGCCGGCCCCGCCCCACCGGCUGGGGAAACUGUUGAUACGCACGCGCCUCCCCCUUUUCAAAGAUGGGGACAUGAGUGUCUGAUCUGACCCGGGUGGGGGCUGCCUCGGGGCUCCCCCCCACCUCUUCGUGAGUCACCGACCUGUGUGGUCCCCUGCUCGAGCUCCCGGGAAAGCGGGAGGAGGGACAGAGGAGCUGGAGCUGAGCAGGCCCUGCCCCCCCAGGCCCCUCCUCCUAGCCUCAGAAUGCAGCCCACGGCCACCAUGGCCACGGCCGCCACCACCUCCGCCACGGUCGCCCUGACCACGACGUGGGACAACGCCACGGGCCGGCCCACCGGGGAGCCCGACCCCGUCCUGGACAACUACGUGCUGCCGGUGGUUGUGAUGGCGCUCUUUGUCGGGGGCACCCUCGUGGUGCUCUCGGGCGCGCUGCUGCUCUGCAGGCGCUGCUGGGAAGUCAACAGGCGCGGCCACAGAGCCACGGAGGAAGCAGAGAAGGCCACGACCAGCUACCUGGACAACGGCGCCCGCCCUGCGCAAGACCCCGAGUUCAGGGGGGAGGAGCCCGAGGGCCAGGACGCCGAGACCGAGCGCUUCCUGUCCACCAGCUCCACCGGCCGCCGGGUGUCCUUCAACGAGGCGGCCCUGUUUGAGCAGAGCCGGAAGGCGCAGGACAAGGGCCGCCGGUACACCCUGACCGAGGGGGACUUCCACCACCUGAAGAACGCCCGCCUCACCCACCUGCACCUGCCGCCCCUCAAGAUCAUCACCAUCCACGAGUGUGACUCAGGCGAGGCCAGUGCAACCGCCACACCCCACCCCACGGCAGCCCCCAAGGCCAGCCUCGCCAUAUUCCAGCCCCCGGGGAAGGCCCUCACCGGCCGCUCUGUGGGCCCCAGCUCCGCCCUGCCAGGUGACCCCUACAACUCGGCUGUGGGCCCUGCCGACUUCGAGAUCAGCCCCUCGGCUUCCAGUGACUCUGGGGAAGGCACCUCGUUGGACGCGGGGGCCAGGAGUGCCAAGUCUGGUGGGCCGGGGGCCGCAGCAGGGCCUGGGGAGGCGAGCCCAGCCUCUGGGGCAGGCCCCGUACUGCAGUUCUUCACCCGCCUGAGGCGCCACGCCAGCCUGGAUGGGGCCAGCCCCUACUUCAAGGUCAAGAAAUGGAAGCUGGAGCCCAGCCAGCGGGCGUCCAGUCUGGACACGAGAGGAUCCCCCAAGCGACACCACUUCCAGCGGCAGCGGGCAGCCAGCGAGAGCAUGGAGCAGGAGGAGGGGGACGCCCCCCACGUGGACUUCAUCCAGUACAUCGCCAGCGCUGGCGACACUGUGGCCUUCCCGAGCCCCUGCCCCCUUCUGGCCAGCCCCACCAGCCCCGCCAGCCCGCCCCCCACUCUCGGCAGGCUAGACGCAGCCGAGGAGGUGGGCGCCGCGGGAGGAGCGAGCCCCGAGUUCCCCCCGGAGUGCGGCGUCAGCGCGGGGCCUGACCAGCAGCAAGACUCAGAUGGCGAGCGAGACGCGGGGCCAGAGCAGGCCCCGACCAUCUACCGCGACAUCUGGAGCCUGCGCGCCUCGCUCGAGCUGCACGCGGCCACCGCCUCAGACCACAGCAGCAGUGGCAACGACCGCGACUCGGUGCGCAGCGGCGACAGCUCGGGCUCCGGGGGCGCCGCACCCGCCUUCCCGCCGCCCUCGCCACCGCCCACACCACGGACGGCGGACGGCGAGGCGGGCGGGCCGCGCAAGCUGCUGCAGAUGGACAGCGGCUACGCCAGCAUCGAGGGCCGCGGCGCGGGCGACGACGGGCCCCCCAGCGCGCCCGAGAAGCGCUCCUCCUUCACGAGCACGGGCCGCGAGGCCACCGUGGGCUGCAGCUUUGAGGGUCCCGCGCCCGAGGCACCCGCCCGGCAUGGCAGCCCGCGCGCCUGGCCUCGCCGCGCCCCGCGCCGCGACUACAGCAUCGACGAGAAGACAGACGCGCUGUUCCACGAGUUCCUGCGCCACGACCCGCACUUCGACGACGCCCCUCCCGCCGCAGCGCGCCACCGCGUGCGCGCGCACCCGCACCCCCACGCGCGCAAGCAGUGGCAGCAGCGCGGCCGGCAGCACAGCGACCCAGGCGCGCGUGCCGCACCCUCCGCCCCACCCACAGCCCAGCCCGGCGCCCCCCGCCCCGCGCGCGCGCCCCUGCGCCGCGGGGACAGCGUCGACUGCCCACCCGACGGCCGCGCGGGCGAUGACCCGGCCGCGCCUCCCAUCCCCGUCAUCGAGGAGGAGCCCGGCGGCGGCUGCCCUGGCUCCGGCCUGUGCGCUGGGCCCCCGGACGCGCUGCUGGACAAGCUGGCGGCCAGCCUCGACGACAGGCUCUUCCCGCCGCGCCUGGCCCAGCCUGUCGCCGCGGCCCCUGCGCUGGCCGCGGCCGCGCCCACGUCCCCCGACCACAGCCCGGUCUAA